CCCAUGUUAGGCUCACAAUGAGAAUGAAGUGGAAUAUGCAUCUCUUAAUGAAAGCUUGUGCCAGGAGAGUCAUUUGUUCACGCCUCUGGUUUGCAGUGCUGGUGUGUAUGACUGCCCACAAUGUAUACUGAGCAUCAAUGUAUACUGAGCAUCAACUUGCUUUUUCUCAUAAAGGACGCAUGCUGUCCGUUGUACUCCCUCUGUGGGUUGUAUUACAGAAAAGGAUGAGCACUACAAGCCAGCUGGGACACAGUACGAACAAGAUAGCAAGUGUAAAAUGAUUCUGAACUCGUGCGGACAGCUCGGAUUCAAGCCUUCGCUGCUUUUUCUUGUCCGACUGGCCCGCAUAAAAUUCUGUUUUGAACAAGCUGCAGGAGUUUACCACCGAGAAUCACGCAAAGGGAGGUACCAGCUGACUUACAAAGAGGCGAAGGCUGUGUGCAAGUACGAGGGUGGGAAGCUAGCUAGCCAUGCACAGCUGGAGGCAGCUCGCAAAAUAGGCUUUCAUGUGUGUGCGGCUGGCUGGUUUGAUAAAGGAAGAGUCGGAUACCCCAUUGUGAAGUCUGGCUCCAAUUGUGGAUUCGGGAGAGUUGGCAUCAUUGACUACGGUUACCGUCUCAACAAGAGUGAGAGAUGGGAUGUCUACUGCUACAACCCUACUGCAAAGCAAUGUGGGGGAGUCCUAACGGAUCAGAGGCGGGUUAUACAGUCCCCUGGCUACCCAGACGAAUAUGAAGACAAGCAGAUCUGCUACUGGCACAUCAGGGUGCGCUAUGGCCAGCAGAUCCACCUGAGGUUCCUGGAUUUUGACGUGGAAGAUGACCCAGGCUGCCUGGCUGACUUUCUGGAAGUGUUUGACAGUUAUGACGACAUCUCAGGAUUUUCCGGAAGAUUCUGUGGAGAUGAGCUACCAGAAGACUUUAUUAGUACAGGAAAUGUCAUGACACUGAAGUUCCUGUCAGACUCAUCUGUGAGUGCCGGUGGAUUCAAGCUUGAAUACGUUGCUGUGGCCCCAGCAUCCACGAUGAGUAACACAACCAUUGCUGCAAAUGAAUCAGCUGUACUGAGCUUCGAUCAACGUUGAUAAAGUGCUUUAAAAAGUUACUGCAAUGCGUAAGCGCUGAAUAAAUAUCAUGUGUCGUUUUGAACAGCACUACUGCAAAGAAAUGUGACCUUGUAAACCAUUGUUUGUCCCUGAUGACCUGUUUUGGGGGCCUUAUGCAAUCACAUGGCCAGUAUUGUGUUUGUUAGAGCAAAAUGUACUGUUAAAUAAACACUUGGUGACUGAUGUGCAGUUUUAGCAAAGAUAGUGCUGAAGAGAGUUUGUCUAUACACCAAUCGGGUGAACAUCUGAACUGCUCAUGCCUGCUAUCUGCCUUGCGAUUGGUAAUCGUAUUGAAAGCUUGCUCAUCUUGCUCAUACUUUUCAUGCACAUUAUCACAAUACAUUAUUUCAUUAUUAUGCUUUCAAUGUAUGUUCUUAUCCUUAACCCAGCGUUGGUAAAUUUGAUAAAAAGAAGUUAUGGAUUUGAUAUUUUAUGACCAUCUGUUUCUGUUUUUACUGUUUGACGUACAUAGUUAUUCUGUAAAUGAUAUAUCAUUUUUUUUAAGGGUCAGCUUGUACAGUAGAUUUAGUAGCAUUUAAGACUUGGAUGCACAAACUAUACUGACCCCUACAGAUCAUCUUUUUUUUCAUACAACGUUUCCUCUCAGUGGGUCUUUUCCUGGUUUAAAGUAAAUAAAUAAAUAAAUAAUUCAAA